UCAGAAUCAUCCCCUCUACUACCCGCAGAGCCUGCCAUAGAGCGGCCCUGGGACAACAAGUCCAUCAUUCAGCCCGACUCGUCCUCAAUAACCUCGUCUGUAUCCUCAAGCAUGGACCUCACAGACGUCCUCCGCGAUGUCAUCAUCGGCUUCUCAGACGGCCUGACAGUGCCAUUCGCCCUCACGGCGGGCCUCUCCAGCCUCGGCAGCACAAAGCUCGUCAUCAUGGGCGGCAUGGCCGAGCUCUUCUCCGGCAUGAUCAGCAUGGGCCUGGGCGCCUAUCUCGCCGCCGUCACCGAGCGGGACCACUACAACUCGGAGGAGCAGCGCGAGCUCAGCCUCGUCGACUGCAGCCUGCCCCAGGAGCAGCGAGACGACAUCUUUUGCAUCUUGGAGCAGUACAACAUCUCCCGGCAGGCCGCCGCCCCCCUGGUGGAGGAGCUCUGCAAGAACCGCGAGCAGUGGAUUCGCUUCCGCAUGGACUUUUCGCUGCGCCUUGAGAAGCCAAACAUUCACCGUGCCUGGAUCUCUGGCCUCACCAUGGGUCUAAGUUACUUCGUCGGCGGCCUGAUUCCCAUGAUUCCGUAUUUCGUCAUGAGCAAGGUUGGCGACGCCCUCUUCGUCUCCAUUGCCGUCACGGUCGUCAUCCUCCUAGGCUUUGGAUACGUCAAGAAUUACGUCGCCAUCAGGAACCACAGGGCUGGUCUAUGGGGCGCUAUUCAGACGCUGAUCAUAGGC